AAUCUUUGACAUUCGGGAGAUUAGAGACCCAAGUAUACCAUCCAGCCUCUCCUCGCUGUGUUUUGCAAACAUCACAGAAGAACCCUCGGUGUGGGGCAACUCAGUUGUCUUCUGCCCCCGCCUGGUGCAUGCUAGGAGGAGCCCAGUUCUUUCUUGGUUCGAAAUUGUUUGCUUUCGUUUCCAUGGGUCAUUCACUGACGUGGGGAACCCCACCACCCAAACACCCACACCUCAAGAUCUUUCAGCUCUUGGUGCUGGCUGGCCUUUUCUACUUCUGUUCAGGCAUCAUCCAGGUAACCAAGACAGUGAAAGAAAUAGCAAUACUGUCCUGUGAUUACAACAUCUCCACCGAUGAACUGAAGAGCGUUCGCGUCUACUGGCAAAAAGAUAACGAAAUGGUGCUGGCUGUCAUUUUUGGAAAAGUGCAGGUGUGGCCCAAGUAUGAGAACCGCACCUUCACUGACAUCACCAAUAACCUGUCCAUCGUGAUCCUGGCUCUGCGCCUGUCGGACAAUGGCACGUACACCUGUGUCAUUCAGAAGAAUGACCAAGGGUAUUUCAGACUGGAACACCUGACUUCAGUGAUGUUACUGGUCAGAGCCAACUUUCCUGUCCCUACUAUAACUGACCUUGGAAAUCCAGCUCUUAACAUCAGAAAGAUAAAUUGUUCAACCUCUGGAGGUUUUCCAGAGCCUCACCUUUCCUGGUUGGAAAAUGGAGCAGCAGUAAAUGCCAUCAACACAACAGUUUUCCAAGAUCCUGAAACUGAGCUCUAUACAAUUAGCAGUGAACUGGAUUUCAAUGUGACCAACAACCACAGCUUUGUGUGUCUUGUCAAGUAUGGAGACUUAACAGUGUCACAGACCUUCAAGUGGCAAACACCACCCAAACCAGAAGUUUCUUUUCCUAAUCAGUCUCUGAUCCGGACCAUUAUCCCAGUCUCCGUAACUGGGAUUUUUGUAGUAAUCGCCGCGCUCAUCACAUGCCGAAGAUGCCCGCCCCGCAGACCUGCUGCAAGGAGACAGAGAAAGAAGAAUGAGGAUAGCAUGGAAAUGGAAAGGAUCUCCCCUAUCUACAGAGGAUCUGCAGAAUCAUCGGGCUGAACAGAACAUCCAGAGGUCCAACGUCCAUCUGAGAUUCUUCUUCUUGGAACUUCCUCAAAUGGCCAGGAUUAUCCCACCUUGCCCUUCAUGUAUCCGUUCUCUAGAAGUCUCUUCAUUUCAGUGGAUUUGCAGAAAGUGACGAGAGGAGUAUAGUGGGGACAGAAGUAGUUGUGGUGACCUUGAUCAAGGAAUUUGGAAAAACAGGAUUCUUUAGACCUGGAAGAGAUAUUAGAGAAUACUAGUCUCAUUAAUGACAAGGAAAUCGAGGCCCUGGAAGGUGACCUGAAUUGUAAAGGCCAAAGCCAGAAUCCAGAUUUCCUGGCUGUGGUGCUCUUUUCCUCCAUCAAUCCAGCCCUGUACUAUUAACUGGUGUACAUAUAUGUAUAUAUACAUGUCAGUUACAGUGCUUCUGGAAACAGAAUUUGUCUGACUUCAGACACUUGAUCUGAUGCAAUACUAGAAAAUGAUUUUAUGUUGUUGUUAAAGGCAAUCUAAUGUUAAUGUGUGGGAAGUAUGUUGGUAUGUAUACCUAUAUGAAGAUAAUGGAAAUAUUAUUGGUGUUUAGCCAGUAUUUCAUUUUUCAUUGUGUUCUCCUCUGUUGCUCUCCCACUUCUCCAUCAGGUUCAGGAGAAAGUAGAUCUAUCUAAAACUAAUUUCCUCUGACAUGUAAGAUUAACGACUUAUACACCUCAAAGCAAUAGUCAGGUUGGAGAGGGAUAGUUUGGUUUAACGAGUCACAUUCUACUGGUUCAUAUUGGACUGAUAAUCUCCCUAAAUGGCUUUAUGCUAGUUUAACUUCAUUUGUAAAACAUUUAUGAGAAAGUUCUCAUUUAAAAUAAGAAGUUUUUAUUGUGUAUGUACUAAACAGUAAGCUGUCUUUAGAAGAAACUGAUUGAGGUAAUGAAAACAGGAUUCCAUAGGGAUUCCUUAGAUCCCUAAAGUGGCUUUUCCUCCUUGGCAUUUCUGGAUCCUUCUGACAUUAGCAGAGAAUUGAAACCAAAGAACUGGCCAACUGCUGUUCCUAUGUUACUUGCUCAUGACUCCUCUUUCUCUGAAAUUGCCUUCCACACUCACUGGACCAGGAGUGGACCUGACUUAAGCUGGGGCAAUGAGACAUUCUCAUCUGAAAAUCUGGAGUUGGACAGCAAGAGUUGACCAAGUUUCUCAAAUGUGGCUAGAUUUAAAACAUUUAAUUUUGGUAGCUAUAAAGGAACUAGCUUAUGCUAUGGAACAGAAGUACACUUUUAAAUGGUUGCUCUCAGAACAAAAUCACUGAAGAAAAUAAAGGUAGGGGACUGACAAGAACUUAAAGCAAAGAAACAAACAAACAAUAAAAAACACAGGAGUUGCUGCUUUUAGUGAAGAUUCAUAAUCCUUAGAUACGAUCAAAAGGAGACUUCAAGAAGUAAUUAGCCACAAAAUAGGGCAAACCUAACACACAGCUUAUUUAUACUUUAAGUAUGUUAAAUUAUUGUUUAUUACAUUUAAUAAAUGUGUUAGCACUGUUUUUUCAAAGAAUUUUAUUUUACUUUUAUUGUUCUAAUAUUUUUGUGAUACGAAUAAAAUUAUUUUUAAAACCAACUAUCUAAUAUUAUAUAACUUCUAGUUGAAAGAUUUAAUCAAUAUGUAGAUGUGAAUAAAACAAUAAACAGAUUGCCAAUU